AUGGGGAACAGCCGGGGUGUCCUGUUUGUCGCUAGCACGGACUCGUCAUUCGUCUGUGACGAACACAUGUUUAAGAAGAAGACGGCUAAGACAUCAUGUGUGAAAAUAGACACCGAUAAUUCAGUGCUCGACAUGCGGAUCGUGUCGUACGUGCUCGGAUAUAAGAUCGCAACCGACGGCGUAUCGGUGUACCUGUACGGCAUGGCGCAUGACGGAACCACAUACCUUAUCAGCCGCAACCACGGCCUCAAGUGGUUAUCAAUCAACACAGCCCGCUACACGACCGCCACGGGCCAGUCGAGCUGGAAGGCGACCCAGAACGUGCCCUACGUCGCUGACACCGACGCCGCCUACGGCACCGUCAAUACCUACUUCAGUGACACCACCUGGACAGUGACGUAUGAUGGCGUGUCGCAUGCUGGGACACCUGUCUACAGAUGGGGAGAUUUCCUCUAGUCAGUGCGCGUGUGCACUAUGCCUACCAUUACUGGUCUCACCAGGGCAGCACACCUACGAUCACCACGUUAAUUUAAUGAUAGACUACAUUACUUUUUAGCACAUGUAUUGUUCAAAUGGUGAUAGAAGCAUGGUAUAAUUUCUUUUUAGAUUACUAAAACACAAAAUGGCUGCCAUGUUGUAUAUAUGCAAAUGAGGUAGUCCUCUAAUCACAUUAAAUGUUAUCGUAAUAAUUUCUUCAUGCGCUUAAAAAUGUUAAUUAGAAGUAGAUAUAUGCCUAAACAAAUGUAUUUUGAAAUUUUAUGGUGGCCAUUUUGAAAAUAGGGUACCAUGCCCCCUUAAAAGGCCAUAUUCGUUGGGGUCCACCUCUUAUUUUAUUUAGCACAUGUGAUGGCACAUAUGUACCAAAUCUGUUGCUUUUAUCACAAUCUGAACGAUCGACGUGAUUUUUGGUGUUUAGAUCUUGUGCUAUAAAUGGUCUUCUGUGCUUUACAUGGUUAUUUACUUAAUAGACAUGCGAGUGCGUUGCGCUUUGCCUUUCUAAUUUAGAUCAGAUUCACCGUUUAAUCGGUUAAUCGGUUUAGACUGUUGAUGAGUCUAUCCACAUGCAACUAUGUACUUCAUUUAUACCAGCGUAGAUAGUAAAAUAUUUUAAAAGUGCUAUGGUAUGGCGUAAAUUAUGCAUGUAUCGAACUGCCCUAAAUAAUGAGCAAACUGAAACGCUGCUAUAGCAAUGCCAGCACAGUGAAUGCCUGUUAAAGCUUGGAGUAUUAAACUGACUGCUGAGUCAGCUCAUUACUCCAAGGUUAUAGCUACCAAAAACCACAACACUAUUAGUAACAAGAGCUGCUAGAAUUGUUGCCUACACCAUCUAUAUGUGAAAUAACUGGCAGCUUUAUCGAAAAUAAACUGCAGACCUCCGCGCAACAUGUGACUUAUAAUUUCUAGUUUGUUGAGCUCUGUGAAAAAAUUUACAUUACCGAUAACAAAACUGUCGUCCACGCAGUUUAGUUUAUCUGCAUCCUUGCUAUACGACAUUGCGCGUGCGUGCGUGCGUGCGUGUUAGGCAUGCAGACACAUUGAAGACUCUGUCAAACUCACACAGGGUGGGUUCGUGGUGAUCAUCAAAAUAGCAGUUGGUUGAAUGCAAAUAUUUCUCAAUUUCGUGCAAAAUAUAAACACCCAAGGAUGGUGUCACCACUUAAUCUUAGCCGCAACUGUUUCUUCAGUAAACUUGUAACUGGUGUGAAGGACGUAGUAGUCUUCGCAUGCAAUCUCAACUAGAAUAUAGAGUCACGAAUGGCGGGCAAAAUUAUAGAACUGUAUGUAGGCCUAUACUCUGAUGCGCCGAUUAUUUUAAACGUUAACGUAUAUUACAACCGAGGGUAAUGUACUCUCUCGCGCAUAUCACAUUAGAUGCAGUCGUAUUAAUUAAUUUUAUUAAUUUAAUUAAUUUAAUUAAUUUAAUGUUUCAUUAAAAUAAUCCGCAAGAGGCGAGUGCGAUAAGACAAUGCUGUUAUAUGCAUCGUGUGUUUUCGUGCUAACGAUUAGUGUAUAAUGAGUAAUUGUGAUAUAUCCUAGCUGUGAUAUGACGAAUAAUUGAAAACACAUAGACAAGAGAAUACAUCUACUGAUUGAUAGCUAGGAACAUGCAUUUUUAAUUAUUUAUUAUCAGCCACUUAAUUGUCAGACUGUGGUAAAGUUCAUGUAUAUUUAGAAGUGAAUAUUUGAAUAAAGGAAGGGAGCCGUCUCCUCGAAAUUCAAAGUAGCGUUUAGUAUAA